CAGUUCUGAGCAGGAUCACUGGGGUCCCCGGUGCUGAGCAGGAUCAUGGGGGUCCCUGGUGCUGAGCAGGACCGUGGCUCGCAGCACAGCUCCCUCACAGGAGGCUCUGUGGGGUCUGCACACAUCCUCUGGGGUCUGUGUCCACCCUCCGGGCUCUGUGUCCAAUCUCGGGGGUCUGCACCCCUGUCCAGGGUCUGUGUCCACUCUCCGGGGUCUGCAUCCCCCCACAGGGCUCCGUGUCCCUCCUCUGAGUAAACGGCUCCAUCCCGGCGCCGUUCCCACCCCGGCUGCCACCAGCGAUGUCCCCCCGUGCCCGCAGCGUGUCCCUCCCUGAUAACCCGCCCUGCUCAGCCCGGGGCUGCCCGGGAUCCCCGCACCGGCACCGCCGGAGGUGCCGCCCCGUGGCCGGGAUCAGGGGGAUGCUGUGGGAUGUGGAACCUGCCUGAUGCCCCUCACCCGCAGACCCCCAGCACCCUGGAGACCCAGGGCUCCCUGGACCUGGAGGAAAUCAUGGGCGACUUCUCCUACAACAACACUGACAUCAACGACAUUGACGCCAACUACACCUUCUCGGACUACGACGCCGCACCCUGCCACAACCACUUCUGUCCCCUCUUCGUGCGCGUGGCCCCUCCUUUCCUGGCCACCACCUGCGUCGCGGCCGCGCUGGCCACUGGUGCGCUGCUGGUAGCCCUGGCCAAGCAUCCCCAGGCGUGGCGGUGGCCGCAGGGCCGGGCGCUGGUGGCACAGCUGGCACUGGGCACGGCGCUGUUCGCCGCGCUGCUGCCGGCGCUGGCCGCGGGCAUCGCCCGGGGCUGGCACCUGGGCACGGGGCCGUGUCGCCUCACGCACCUGCUGUGGCACUGGAGCCUGUUCGCCCAGGCGCUGCUGCUGGCCAGCGCCUCCUGCGGCACCGCCUGGGCUCGCUGGGACCCGCGGAGCCGCCGCCUGGCCGUGGCUCUGUGGGCAGGGGCGCUGCUCUUGGCCACGCCGGCGGCUCUGGCCAGUGGGGUGGUGGCGGGCACCAGCUGUGUCCGGCGCAGCGUGGACAUCCUGGACCCGGCGUACCUGCUGCACCUGAGCCUGAGCCUCUGCCUGCUGCUGCUGCUCCCCGCGGGGCUGCUGCUGGCCGCGCUGGCCGUGCCGAGCCUCAGGGCGAGCUGGGCGGCCGGAGCCGGGCUCACCUGGCUCUUCCUGGGGCUCUGGGUGCCCUACGGAGCGGGGCUGAUCGGGGACUUCCUGCUGCAGGCCGGGCUGGUGGAGCACACCUGCGGCUCCUUCCAGCACUUCGACUUCGCCUUGGGGCUGAGCGAGGGGCUGGGGGUGCUGCACUGCAGCCUCGGGCCGCUGGUGCUGCUGCUCGCCUGGCGCUGCCGGCGGCUGCCGAGCUCCGGGGGCUGCACUGCGGAGCCGAACAGAGCCACGGCACCGGACUUGGACUCUCGGCACUGAGCCCCGGGCCCCUGGCACCGGACUUGGACUCCUGGCACAGGACUUGGCUCACCCUGAAAGCAGACCCUGGAUCCUGGGAACCAAUUUUGAUCCCCCAGCACGGAGCUCUGUCCGCCCCUGCACCAGCCAAGAUGCCCC